AUGGACCUAUUUAAGAUUCUAGAUACUGUGCCGGAGCCGGCGAUUGUGGAUGCCCAUACUAUGGGUGUCUCGGGAGACAUGUCUGGUGACUAUUGGCUGCCCGCGCCAAUGUGUCUUUACCAGAAGGAGCUGAGUGAGCAAAUCGUCUCUCUGCAUUACUCUGAUAUUUUAAAGUACUAUGAAACGGAGGACUACAAUACGGAUGUGGUACUGCAUUCUAUGGAGACCAUGUGUCUCAACAGCCAGUACGUUGCGACUCAUCCAUACCUCUUAAUCGACCAUUGUGUGCCCAAGUCUCUGAUCACCAAGGAUAUCCCUAAUCACCUUGCCGAAACUAGUGGGAAAUUUGCAGUUUUGAAGGACUUGAUCGCUUUGAUACAGGAUUACAAAACUGAAACAGCCGUCGUUUGUCGGUCCGACAGAACUAUGGACUUGUUAGAGGCUCUUUUGCUGGGCAACAGAGUAAAUAUCAAACGAUAUUCGGGGCAAUCUAUUAAGACAAAGCAGAAGGCCAGGAAGCACUCAUGCACGUGUCAUUUGUUCCCUUCUGAUGAGGCCUCCAUUGACUCUAUCAAUUCCGUACUUGAUUCCACAAUUCAUUUCGAUCUUCUCUUGUGUUUGGACCCUUCAGUCGAUACCUCGAUGCCUCACAUUCAACGUAUUUUGACCCAGAAUAGACCUACCGAGGGACCCGGCCGGGUCGCACCCAUAGUAAGGCUCACCACUAUAAACUCAAUCGAUCACUGUGAACUCUAUCAUGGCAAAUACCUGAAACCCCAAAGCCGAGAGUAUUUGGCGAAAGUCACAGCCGCUGUAGUUGUACUUAGGGAUGUCGUGGGAACGCUGCCGCCAGAUCUACGACCAAUAUACUCCCAAAAUUUAAAGUAUUUGCGCGAUUGGCUUGAAGAUCCCAGUAUACCCUGGCCCUUACCGGACAUUUACCCGAUCAAGACCUACACGCCAAUGGAUGUUGAGAAAUCCUUGUUAACAGAGGUCCGUUACAAUCGUGUUGAAGAUACGCUUACGCAAGCCCUAAAUAACGGACGCAAGCGUGGUCGUAAACCAAACUCCUCAUUUUACAAGGAUUCCGGUGCUCUAUCAUACUACAGAAUGAAAAGACUGAAAAAUGACUAUUCUACAAACCCACUCAACCAAAACAUGGCCCAACUUACGGGAAUUGCUAGCACCAAAAACGGGCGUGCCGCGAAUUAUCAUCUCUCUGGCGGUCUUUUGACUCACAAGCUAAUACAAGCCAUAGGCGAGGCUUAUUACCAAUUAGAGAGACAAAGUUCAGAGCUGGAACACUUCCGUUGCGUAGAAGAUGGCCAACUUCGUCGCGCAAAAGUAAUAACGAGUGAAUAUGAAGAUAUAAAAGAAAAAGCCCACGAAUCGAUGAAGAACCACGCACUUAACAUACAGGAGGCCGCCAGAUUAACCAGUGUCGCAGAAGAAGCAACUCAUGAAAUCAGGCAAAUGGAAAAGCAAACUGAGCAAAUCCUCAACGAAACUAGAGAAAAGGGACCUGAAUACAUGGCUUUAGUAGAUUUAUUUCUUGGUAUUACCAAAGCUCAAGAGGACAAAGAACAACAAAGCAGUCUCACUGAGUCCAAGAAGAGCGAGCACAAAUAUAUGUCUGAAGAAUUGCAAAGAGCACAGGAGGCUCUAGUCGGGUUUGAGAAAGAUGAACGAGAACUCAUGCAAGAGAUAAAUCUGUUGCAACAGCAAAUUGAUACAAAGCUAGCAGAUGACGAAAUGUCGUCACAGAAGUCUCAGGAAAGAAUUCAGAAACUAGUAUCACAAAUAGUUGACGAGAAGGCUAUCUUAGAAACGGUGGAGAAACAAAUGGAUACAGUCACGAGCCAACUAAAGAAAACGCCCUAUUCGAGAGUUCGAUCAUCAAAUUCAGUACAGCAUUCAAAGCAAAGAAACCAUAUGAAUGCCUAA